CCCGCAGGAUGGCGGGCGCUUCCUCGCGCGUGCACUACCUGUCGGACUUCGGCUGCCCGCUCGGAGGCCGAGCGGCGGGGCAGCCGCAUGUGCUGCGACAUGAGGCGGAGGUCUUUUUGUCCACCGGGCGCGAACUCGUCUACGUGUAUGACCAUGAGGGCGGGCUGCUGACGGCGGUGUACCAGUUUCCCGACCAGGUAUGGCACCUGCAGCUCCUGGCCGUCCGCAGGGCGCUCUACGUCCUGUGUGCCCGGACUGGCAUCUACUGCCUGUCGUUGGACUCACUGGACAGGUCUGGGAGCCAGGCCUGUGAGGACAAAGAGGAUGAGGCUCCCCCUUACCCUGUGAUCCAUGUGGACCCAGAUGCCUGUGUCCUCCCUGACUCUACCCUCUGUGCCUUCACUGUGCUGGAUGAUAUGCUGGUCACCCUGGCACAGGGCCCCACCCAGUGGAAGAUGAAGCUGUUUGAGCAUCCCUGUGAAGGGGAGGAGCCUCAGCCUGGAGUCCAGGUUGGGGAGGUGGAGCUGUCUACCUGCACCCCUCCAGGUGGGGUGCCAGGGAAGCCUACAGCCCCGUGCUUCCUGCCAGUGCUGUGUUGCGUGUUCCCACCAGACUUCAGGGCACCUCACAGUCACCCCCCCCAGGGCUGCGGGUGCCUCAUGCUGGAGGAGGCCCUCUUUGGUCUACUCUUUGGAGUCGAUGCCACCCUCCUGCAGUCCCCUGUGAUCCUCUGUGGUCUCCCUGAUGGCCAGCUUUGUUGUGUGGUCCUGAAGGCCUUGGUCACCUCUGGGUUAGCCCCUGGUGACCCAAAGGUUCUGGUCAAGAUCCUCCACCACCUAGAGGAGCCUGUGAUCUUCAUUGGGGCUUUGAGGGCAGAGCCACACGAGGAGGAAGCAGCAAGAGAGUUGCUGCCUGGCGAGGAUGUGCACGCUGACUGCCUAGUGGCCCUUGGUCACCAGGGCCGGACACUGGCCAUCAAGGCCAGCUGGAGCGAGUCAGGGGAUCUGGUGCCAGAGCUCCGUGAGUAUUGCCUUCCCGGGCCUGUGCUCUGUGCCGCCUGUGGCAGGGAUGGCCACUUGUACCACAGCACCCCCUCAGACCUCUGCAUGGUAGACCUGACUCGGAGAGACAGUCCUUGGAAUGCUGAAAAGCCAGACGGGGCCAUAGGAGGUCUGCCCUCGGUGCUGUGCCCAGUCACCUUGAACAUCUGCAGUGCCCUCGCUCUGUGUGUGACAGCAAGGGUGCCUACAGGUAGCACGGAGCUCCUGGCCCUGUCUUCUAAAGGACGGCUGAUUACCUGCAGUCUGGACUUGAACUCUAAGGCACCUGUGCCUGACAAGAUGAGCGUGGCAAAUGCAGGCCAGAAAAUUAAGGAGCUGCUCGUGGACAUCGGUGAUGUCUCUGAGAGGGUGUCCUUCCUGAAAAAAGCUGUUGACCAGCGCAACAAGGCCAUAACCAGUCUCAAUGAGGCCAUGAAUGUGAGCUGCGCCCUGCUGUCCAGUCAGGAGGGUGAUCGGCCCAUCUCAUGUUCCAUCGCCACCUCCUGGAGCCGCCUGGAGAUGCGAGACAUGCUGAUGGCCACCUGCACACUGGAGAAUAACAGCAGCUUCAGCCUGGACCAGGGCUGGACCUUGUGUAUUCAGGUGCUGACUAGUUCCUCUGCCUUAGACCUGGAUGGGACCGGCUCAGCUUUCACGUACACCAUCCCAGUGGACAGACUGGGCCCAGGCAGCCGGCGGGAAGUGACGCUGCCCCUGGGCCCUAGUGAGAGUGGUGUGCUCGACCUGCCUGUGACCAUGUCCUGCUGGCUCUUCUACAGCCUCAGGGAGGUGGUGGGUGGGGCCCUGGCCCCCUCAGAUCCUCUAGACGUCCCCUACCUGGAGAAGCUCCCUCUCAACCUUCCUAAGCAAGAAGGCGUCUGCCUGCCCCUGUGCAAGCGCACAGUGGACAUGCUGCAGGGCCUGCGCUUUCCCGGGGUGACCUCGCACCCUGCACAGGCCCCCUGCGUGCCUGGCCCUGCCUGUGACGCUGUGGAAACUUUCCUGAGGACCUGCCAAGCCCCUGGCAGUGAGCCCGCCGGUGCCGCCUCCCUGCGGGCCAAGUACCUGCCUCCAUCCACAGCCUCCAUCAGGGUGUCUGCAGGCCUUCUCAGAGCAGCCCUGGAGGGCAGUCACGCAGGUUUCCACCUGUGCAAUGCUACCCUGCAGUGGCUCCUCGCUGAGAACGCUGCUGUGGAUGUUGUGAGAGCUCAGGCCCUGUCUUCCAUCCAGGGAAUAGCCCCAGAUGGAACUGAUGUCAACCUCAUCGUCCAUGAGGUAGCUGUGACUGAUUUGAGCCCUGCAGGCCCCAUCCAGGCUGUGGAGAUCCAAGUGGAGAGCUCCUCUCUGGCCAACAUGUGCAGGGUGCACCAUGCCAUCAUCAGACGAAUACAGACCAUGGUCACAGAGCAAGCAGCCCGAGGCGCCAGCCCACCGGACCUCCGCAUGCAGUAUCUACAACAGAUCCACGCCAAUCACCAGGAACUGCUCCGUGAAGUGCAAGCCCUGCGUGAGCAGCUGUGCACGGAGGAUGAGGUGGCCUCCUGCACCACAGCCCAGAAGCUCCUGAAGAUUUACAAGCAGCUGCGUAACCCCAGCCUCGUCCUGUUGUGACCGGUAGGUCCUGGUCCUCCAUCCACACCUGAUCCAGUAUGCUGACCUGGUGGUUUACCCAGAAUGGAAAAGGAUCCCUCGCUCAGGCAGCUAUGCCUCCUGGGUAGUCAGGGAGGCAGGAAAAAGGGGAUGUGGGGGACAUAGGUUCAGGAAUGUCUGAACCCACCAGGCUUUAAUGCUUCAUGCCUUCCUCCUUCCUGACAGCUGCUGGCCAGCUCCACAUCACUGCGGGACACACUUGGGGCUUGCCUGGCAGCAUCCCUCCACUGGAACCUCUGCACCCUGAUGGGAAGUAUCGUCACCCAAGUACUCAGGCCACGGAGACACAGGGUUUCUGGGGUUCAGACUUCCAAGUUUGGGACUGUUCUGCUGCUGACCCCAGCACACCCCAGGAGCGCUGACUGCCUGUCUGGGGCCACCAGGUGGCAGAGUGCUCACUGCAACCAAAGCACAAAGACCAUGGGAGGACUCCCAUUGAUGCCAGCGGCACGGGCUGCCUCCAGCACUGUGCUGCUUUCAGCCCCAUGUCCUUCCCAGCCUCCUCCUUCAGCUGGGCCCUGCCCGGCUGCUGGUGCUGUCGUUACCAUGGGAGGGGAGGGGAGUGUGUCUGCAGAGCUCUGCCUGCUCCUGUUGUCUGUCUGUGAGGUGCUGUGCUGACAAGCUACCUUUCUGUGACGUUCCAGGUGUCCACUGAAGUUGACUUCACUUCUGC